CUCAUCCAGACUCACCUGGACAGGAUCCAGUCCAUCUGUCUGACACAGUCCAGUGACAAGGCCUUCGAGGAUGCCAAAGCCAGGCUCAUGGCGUACACUCGGAGGAGUCCAGGAGAUCGAUGGGCUUUUGGUCAAUACUUUAAUGCAGAGCUGGAGUCUCUGGUGUGUGUGUUCCUCUCCAGGCUGGAGGAGCUGCUGCCAGUACCAGACUUUAAACAGGCUGCCUCCUGGCUCGACUCUGUCCCCGGUGGUGUGGAUGAAUGUCUGCAGUCUGUCCCCCACAGUGAAGGGCUGAGGUCUGUACUGCAGAGCCAGAUGUGCUGCCGGGAACACCUGGUAAAUAGAGACUCCAGCCCAUCCCAGACCAACCUCCUCAGCUCUCUACCUGUUUGCCUUCCAAAUAUGAUGGUGUACCAUCCAUCUGCCGACUCUGACAGUGAGUCAGAACCCUUCCCCAAGGAAAGGAUGGCUGAAGAGAGAGGAGAAGAACAGGAGACGUCUGCACCCACUCUCACCCUGCCUGUGGCCUGCAGGGGCAGACUGCAGUCAACUCUCCCCUCAGGACAGAGCAGGCCCUCACCAGAGAGAAAAACUGUUCCUGUGAGCAGCCAAAAGCCCCAGGCUUCACCGGGGAGCAUCAUCCCUGAGUCGUCUGAUAAGCCUGUAGAAUGUAUUAUGGUGGAGAGUGACACAGACAGCCCCACAGGUGAGUCCUCGUCUUCCGAGACGCACCCCUCUAGCGUAUCCCACAAUCCCCGGCGUGUUGCCCACAAGUGCCCGACGUGCGGGAAGUGUUUCAUCUACCGCUCCCAGGUGCUGCGUCACCUGACCACACACUCACGAGGCGGCCGCUACAAAUGCUCCAAGUGUGGCAUUGGCUUCCCAACGCCCUGGAGCCUGAACGACCACAAGCGCUCUGUGUGUGUCAACGCCACUUUCGACUGCCCCCAGUGCGGGGAAGGGGUUUGCGUCGCUCCGACCCAGCUGGAACUGACCCGACACCACAAGACCCACUGGGCCCAGCCGCUGCAUCAGUGCUGCCUGUGCGGCAAACGCUUCCGCCUCCUCUCCAGCCUGACCAAUCACAAGCAGACUCACUCGUCCGGUGGUGGCUUCGCCUGCACCCAGUGUGAGCGUGUGUUCGGCUCGGUGAAGGAGCGCGACGCCCACCGGCAGAUGCACCGCGUACCCAAGCUUAUCUGCCCUGUCUGCGGCGAGACGUUCACCUCGCAGGCCAAACUAAUCAAACACCAGCAGACCCAUCCGGCCCCCGAGGGGAGCGAGGGGCCGAGGUACAAAUGCCGUUACUGUGAGGAUACGUUUACAGGCCUGACUCUCAUGAGGAUCCACCAGAGAAGCCAUAUUGUGGACAGACCUCAUCAAUGUGACCAGUGUGAGAAGAGCUUCACUACUCUGGGGUCCCUCCAGUCUCACCUCAGAACCCACUCGGAGGAGAAGCCCUUCCUCUGCGCCCGCUGCGGCAAACGCUUCCGGACCAAAGACGGCAUGGAGGGACACCUCCGGAUCCACACAGGCGAGAAGCCCUUCCACUGCUCCUACUGCGGGAAACGCUUUGACGGCGCUCGCCGGGUUGAAUGUGCACGUACGGCGGCACACGGGCGAGAGGCCGUACGGUGUGAGGUGUGCGGCAAGGCAUGGCCCUCAGGUGGGGACCUGCAGAAACACAUGCGCUGUCACACAGGGGAGAGACCUUACAGCUGUGUUGACUGUGGGAAGACAUUCUCCAUAUCCUGUCACCUGACAGAACACAUGAAGACACACUCAGGUGAGAAGCCGUUCUCUUGUCCAGAGUGUGGGAAGAGCCUGAAGAGGAAGUUUGAUCUGAAGAAGCACCUGUUGACCCACUCUGGGGUGCGUCCAUACCCCUGCCCUCACUGUGACAAGAGCUACACCCGCCGCACACACCUCAACAGGCACCUACAGAAACACUCGGCUGAGCUGUUAACAGCAGCAUUGUAGCCAGCAUCAACAAUUGCCCAUGGAUGGACAUCUCAAUAGAAUUCUGCCCUUGAAAUAACAAUGGGCUCCCAUCACCAAGAUUCUGAAUUGGAAUUCAAUGACUUCCAGAGACUAGAGCAGCAGAACGUUCUGCCUACAGAUGGGAGGGGGAAGCAGUCUCCCUGCUGGUUGAGGUAGAUUGACAGAGAUCAUGUGACUUUUCCUGAUUCAUCUUGAGUUAAUCAAGAAUAUGAUUUGUGUGUGGUAUCACUGUAGUAUAUUGUUAUCGAAUAGACCUAAAGCCAUUUCUGUCUCCUGAUUUUCUACGUCGUGCCAAACACAACGUCGCGGCCUCACGUUUCUUGGUGAAACAGUUCAUUAUAAAAUAGUUGACUGAUGGGUAACUUUUAACUUAAUAAUGCCUCUUCAAUUUAUGUCCUGUCUGUAAUUCAGUUGAAUAUUUGCUUCUCUGCAUUGAUAAAACCCUUCCUAAAUUAUA